AUGUGGGAUACACGACCCAGCCAACGCAGCCUGUCGGAAGAGCAAGAUUCGAGGGACAUCUUCCGGAAGACUCUACCGGCUGUCUCAGACGUGCUGAGGAUCAAGGACUGGACGCUCGUGCUGGACAGCGUGGUGCCCUCUGACGCGGGCAACUACAGCUGUGUGGUCAGCAACCAGCACGGCUCCAUCCAGCACUCGUACCAGCUCGUCGUCAUUGAGCGUGGCCAGCCUCAGCGGCCGUCGCUGCAGGACGGCCUCCCGGCGAACGUGACGGCGGCGGAGGGGAGCGACGUGGAGCUCCGCUGCGUCGUCCUGCAGAGCGCUGGCGGCAGCAGUCAGCAGCAGCUGCACCACCACGUGCAGUGGCUCAAGCACGUGGAGGUGAAUGGCAGCCUCGAAGCACCCAAUGGCUCACCCUACGUGCACGUCCUCACGACGGUGGGCGUGGAGGUGACGGACGUGGAGACGGACGUGCUGUACCUGCGCAACGUCAGCACGGACGACUCGGGCCGCUACACCUGCCUGGCGGGCAACGCCGCGGGAUUCGCUCACCGCUCCGCAUGGCUCCUCGUCGUGCCGCAAGAGACGCCGGCUGUGGACACCGCCCUGGCUGCUCCCGUGAGAGUGGGCGGCGGUUCUUGUGCCGCCGCCCUCCUGCUGCUGAUCACCAUCGGUGCUGUCACCGGCCUCACGCGGAGGAGGAGAGGGUCGACCAGCGGAGAGGGGGAGAUGCAGGUGCUGUCUGCGCUGAGCGGCGUGGAGCUGUCGGGGGUGACGGGGCCGUGCGACCGCUGGGAGUUCCCUCGGGAACGGCUGACUCUGGGUGAGCAGCUGGGUGAGGGUUGUUUUGGCCGCGUGCUGCUGGCCGAGGCGCUGGGCAUGGAGCCGUCACGGCCUCACCGCAGCGUCCGCGUCGCCGUCAAGAUGCUGAAGGCGCACGCCACGGAAGCGGAGACCCACGACCUCCACGCGGAGCUGGAGACCCUCAAGAAGAUCGGACGGCACAGCCACCUGGUGAACCUGCUGGGCGCAUGCACACGGGGCGGCCCCCUGCUCGUGAUCGUUGAGUUUGCGGCCAAGGGGAAUCUGCGCGACUUCCUGCGUGCACACCGCACGCCUGGCGCAGAGUGCAGUGGUGGCGACGAGGUGAAGGGCGAAACGCUCUCCAUGCUGCAGCUGGUGGCCUUCGCCUGCCAGGUGGCACGCGGCAUGGAGUACCUCACCUCUAAGAAGUGCGUUCACCGGGACCUGGCGGCCAGGAACGUCCUCGUCGUUGACGGCGGAGUUGGUGGCGGCUAUUCGGUGAAAAUCGCUGAUCUGGGCCUCACCCGCGACGUGGGCGGCGAACGUGACUACUACUACCAGCACAAGACUGCUGCC